CUAUAGCGUCCAAAGUAAUCUCUUAUUAAAAAAAUACAACCUUCUAAAAGAUCUUCAACCCCUACAGAUGAUUAAAUCAUUUAAUAAUAAACUCUUCAAUAAUUAACUUCACUAACAAAAUAAAAUAAAGGAAUAGCACCAAAUAUAUAUUUAUCGACCUUUCCAAACAUCUCCUCUCUCAUGAACAAUGACCGGAGAAGAAGACCCUAAAGCAGCAACUCCGUCAUUACCGGACUAUAAGCCUUUACCUUCCUCAAGUCACGAUCAAAACGACGCCGUUCUGAUCUCAUCACAUUCUUCUUUCACCUCCCGACGCCGUUUCAUCAUCUCUAUAUUUCUCAUAUCUUUUGCCUCGAUCCUCAUCUACAUCUUCUGGCCGUCCGAUCCACGAAUCAAGAUCGUACGGGUCAAGAUUUCCCACGUGCACGUUCACCGCCGUCCGGUUCCGUCUAUAGACAUGACGUUGCUCGUUACGCUUAAGGUAUCAAAUGCUGACGUGUACUCUUUUGACUUCACGGAUCUUGACGUCACGAUUGACUAUAGAGGGAAGACGUUAGGUCACGUGAGUUCUGAUGGCGGGCACGUGACGGCUUUUGGUUCUUCUUACCUUGACGCGGAGGCUGAGCUAGACGGCGUUACGGUGUUUCCUGACGUCAUUCAUUUGAUUCACGAUUUGGCUAAAGGCUCCGUUGAAUUUGACACCGUUACGGAGACUAACGGAAACCUUGGUGUUUGGUUCUUCCGUUUCCCUUUAAAGGUAAGGAACUCGAAUUUUACGCAAUUAUUCGGUUUAUUAAACUUUCUACUUUCUCAUCAUUUUAAUUUGACUUUCUAGAUUAUAUAACCAUAAUUAGAUGUGAGAUAAUUGUAUGCAAUUUCAAAUCAGAGUAAUGGUUUUUUUUUUUUUAAU